AUGAUGGCAUUCGAGCUUCGAUCUGCGUAUAAAGACAAAGUGGAGGGCGUCGACCCCAAGAGGGUUCAAGACCUUGCUGACACGAAGAAUCCGAGAAGCCCUUACCGUCGGUAUCAGGGUCGGCCAGAUGUUCGGAUGGCGCGCCCUCUGUCAAUCAUUCGACAGACCCGAGUGGGACCGCAGCCUCGACAAACACGAGUGGACGUGGCAGUAGUUCUGGGCUCUGCACGAAGAGACACCCGUAGGUUCUUCUGGACUGGCGUGAAAGCGGAGUUUGCUAUGGCCGAGAAAGAUUUCGAGGCAAAGCAAGCACAGGAAGGGGAGAAAGCCUCGUUCCAGACGCUCGUUCACAAGGAUAGGGCUCAAGGCACAGCUGAUGCCACCCAGAAGUCUGGCAAUGACCGCAAGAAGGGUCGGUGGAGAGCAGAGAGUUCUUGCGGUGAAGCUCACGGCGCUGCUCAAGGCACUGGUCACGCGAGUGGCCAAGGUAACAGUACCACCGAACGAAAGGCGAAGUUAAAGCCACUGUCGCAGAGUGAUAAAACAGAGCUUGUCGAGGCCAAGACGGCGACAGCGACGACUGCUAGUCACCAGCUGUCCAGGGUUAUCCUCGAGUCAGAUUAUGAACCUUUGCUCGGUGCUCUCCCCCGUCCCUCGCAAAUACCUGCGAGCCACAAGUUGAAUCCCAGACAUAUGUGGUGUUUGAUGACCAUUUGGACUUGGAAGAAGCCGAUUCUGUGCGUGUACGGCAGCUAUGCGCAGCUCCAUGGCGCCCCAUUCGAGAUCGGGGCUGCACCUGGCUUCACCCACUGA